AUGGCAGAUGCCUUAAGCAGGAAGACUGUAGCAGCCUUGUUAUCCCUUCAAGCUAAAAUGACCAUGUUUGAUGAUGGAGCCUUACUAGCGAAGCUAGUUGUGAAACAAAUUUCUCUCUCUCUGAUAUUAGAAGAACAAAUGAAGGAUGCCCAAUGUGACAGGCUUAAACAAAGGAUGUUGUCUGGUAAAGCAAUAAACUUCAGUGUAGGCAAUGAUGGUGAGCUCAGGUUCAGGAACAUGUUAUUUGUACGUGUGGGAAAUGGGCUGAGAAAAGAGUUGUUAAAGGAAGCUCACCAUGGAACUUUCUCACUCCACUCUGGUAGCAUCAAGAUGUAUAGAGAUUUGAAGGACUCCUAUUGGUGGUUGGGUAUAAAGAAGGAAAUUUCAGAGAUCACCAUCGAUUUUCUUUCUGGUUACCCUUCAGUCCGUCCAAGAAGAAUGUUGUCGGGUGGUAGUUGA